AUGAAAAGGCAAAAACUCCAGAUACACAGAUCAAAAUUUUUCAAAAGUAGAAAUUUACAACCGCCAACAAGUAUUCGACAUACUGAUCAAUCAACCGAACAAACGCCAAUCGACCUAAUUAGCGUUAGUGAAGGUGAUAUUACGACAACUACGGUCGAUGUUAUUGUUGUGGGUUCGUCAUCGCUAUUCCUACAACUAAUCGUAUUUGAAAAAGGUGGAGAAGUAGUAAAAGCAGCCUAUGAAAAUGAAUGUAAGAAAAAUCCAGAACUAAUUUGUACACCAUCUGGACAAUUGCCAUGCAAAUAUAUCUAUUUUAUUCCAUGGCUACCAAACGUACACAAAACAAUUCUUCGACAAUCCCUUGUCAAAUUUGUUUCAACUGCUAUUCAAAAAGCAAUAAAUGACAAAUGCCAAUCAAUUGCUUUUCCAGCAAUUGGUUGUCAUGAAUAUAAGUGUUCGACUGAUUUUGUUGCUGAAACAAUGGUACUAGAAGCGCAUAAUCAGUUAUUGAUAUCAAAAGUUCAAAUGCAUGUAUUGUUCAUAAUUCAACCUCAACAUCAUAAUGUUUAUGAUGAAUUUUGUGAACAAAUAGAGUUAUUAAAGGAUAUUGAACUGACUACUCAAAGUGUACAACCGACUACUGAAAAUAAUAUUGCUAUCAAUAUUGCCAAGGGAAUAAUUAAAGUUGGCAAAGGGGAUCUUACUAAACAGGAAGUUGAUGUUGUUGUUGGUUGUUCAUCGUCCGAAAUGUUGCUUCAAUACAUCAUGAUAGAAGCUGGUCAGAGCGUGAAAGAGGCCUACUACACUGAAAUUAGAAAUUAUCCCAAUGCUGUUGUUAUUUCCACAGCACCAGGAAAUUUACCGUGUAAAAAAAUAUUUUUUAUAUCCUGGAUGCCAGAUAACGAUAAAAACACUUUGCGACAAUCUGUCAUUGAUUUGGUAUCUAAUGCAAUACAAAAUGCUUUGGCGCAUAAUUUUACAAGUAUAGCAUUUCCAGCCAUUGGUUGUGGAGAGUAUGGAUGUUCAGUUGAUGUAGUAGUUAAAACAUUGGUGAGAGAAGCCAAAAAUCAAUUAACGAUUAGGAAUGUACCACUUACCAUUUCGUUUAUCAUACAAGAAGAUAAACAAAAUAUAUAUGACGAAUUCUGUAAACAAGUUGUACAAUUACAAGGUAUAUCUAAUGAAUUUCCGGAAUCAUGGGAACAUUCCACUACAAAUGAUAUCCGCAUUGAAUUAAAGACAAAUAAUGAAGAAUAUAAAUUUGUUUUUAAUAAGUUUAAUACUGAUAUGAAAGGAUACUAUUCACGUAUAAUUCGAAUCGAACGUAUACAAAACGAACGAUGGUAUAUGCAAUAUAUAGCACAUCAUGCUGAUUUCAAAAAACGCUUACAUGUAGACACAGAAAAACUUUUAUAUCACGGUUGUCCAGAAUCAGCAGCCAAAGCAAUUAGUGAAGAUUGUUUCAACAGAAGUUUUGCUGGAGUGAAUGGUAAAUAUAGACUAAGAAAAAUUAAGUUUUUAACUUAUGCAUCGCGUCGACAAUAUCAUAUGUUUAUUAAAAUUGUGCUAACUGUUCGAUUUGAACGUGAUACUAAGAAGCCAUUUAUAGACCAUUCAUACACUGUUUCAAAUAAAAAUGGAGAACGAUUUAUGUUUUUAUCUCGUGUCCUAAUUGGAAAAUCAACAAUUGGAAAUAGUUCAAUGAAAACACGCUCUCUCGGUUUCGAUUCAACAACAGACGGACACAAUAUUUUUGUUACAUAUCACGAUGCACAAGCCUACGCUGAAUACUUGAUAACGUAUAAAUAA